AUGCUCUCGACACGAAGCAAUCCGCGAGCCGCGGCCGACGCGCAAUCUCGCGCCAACGACUCGCCCACGACGACGGUCGCCGCCUUUGCGGACAGUGCAGACGUCGAGAAGGUGUCCACGCUCGACAAGGACCCGGUCGACGAGCUCUCGAGCCCUGCCGCUCACGCCCUCGAGACGUCGCCCGAGGUGGACGAGGUGCCGGCGGCUCCUUACUUUCCAGACGGCGGGCGACGAGCAUACCUCAACACGGUCGGCGGCGUUCUCGUCCUGUUCAGCACGUUCGGCCUGAGCAACUCUUGGGCCGUCUUUCAAGCCCACCUGGCCUCAAACCAGCUCAAGGACUAUCCUGCUUCGACGAUCAGCUGGAUCGGCUCGGUGCAGCUGUUUGCCCUCUUCCUCCUCGGCCUGCCCUCGGGCCGGCUCUUCGACAGCGGCUACUUCCGGUACCAGCUCGCAGGAGGAUCGGCACUCUGGUGCUUCGGCAUGUACAUGUUGAGCCUCAGCGAUACCUUCUAUCAAAUCUUCCUCUCGUACGCCGUCUGCCUCGGGAUCGCGCUCGGCAUCCUCUUCGCGGGCACCAUUUCGUGCGUCGGCAGCUACUUCAAGCGCAAGCGCACGCUCAUGAUGGGCUGCACGGCAGGAGGCGCAGCUCUCGGGGCCGUCCUCUUCCCCAUCGCCCUCAACAACCUGUUCGAGACUCGUGGCUUUGGCUUCGGAGUGCGUCUGCUCGCCUACAUCCACACCGCCCUGCUCAUCCUCGCCAAUGUCCUCAUGCGCCCUCGAGACGACCUGCCGCCGCGCAAGGCGCCACCUAUUCUGCCGCAAAUCGCCUCGUUCCUUGGCCAACCCCAAACAUGGUUCGCCAGCCUCGGCUGCGCCUUUGUCAUGCUCGGCAUGUUCAUCCCUAUCUUCUACGUUCAGGUAUUCGCCGAGGAGCACGGUGCGAGCGCUACGGUCGUGCAGUAUUGCGCCGCAAUUCUGAACGGCUCCGCCUGCGUCGCCCGGGUUACGGUCGGCUUUGCGGCAGAUCGCUUCGGCAACCUCACCGUCGCCAUCCCGACGACGGUCAUCAUCGCGACGAUGAUCUUUGCCAUGCUCGGCGCGACAAACUCGGGCGGCGUCAUCGCGUUCUGCAUCGUGUUCGGCGCGGCGAGCGGCGCGUGGGUAUCGAUCAUGGCGCCGUCGCUCAUCUCUCUCUCGGCGUCUGUGCGCGAGUUUGGAGUGCGCACGGGCCUCGGCUUCAUCCUCAUCUCGGUCGCCGCCCUCAUCGGCUCUCCCGUCGCCGGUGCCAUCCUGCGGGCGACGCCGUCAAGCACCGGCACGAACUACCUCGGCGUCUGCCUCUUUGGCGGGUGCGCCGUCCUCGUCGGAACCGUCUGCCUACGGCUCGAACUCAGUCGCUAG